AUGUUGCGAGCGAUUUCGACUGUUUCUCGAUCCUCCAUCCGUUCCAUCGCCAUUUCGGCUCAAUCUUCGGCCGAAGCGCCUAGCAAGCACGAAGUCGAUGAACUUUUCGCGGACAAGAGCAGAUCCUCUCAGCAGAAUCAGCCUAGACGUCGUCAUGCUUUCAGGCAUCUUUUCAAAGAAUCAUUAAUUUUGAUUCUUUUUUUUUUGCAGCACAAACAAGGUAGAGCUUGUUGGAGGCGUUGCCUUGGACCCGGUUUUGCGACAGACGAAAAACAAUCGGCCGUAUCUUUUGAUGAACGUCAUAACUAAUCAUUCCUUGAAGAACACUGACGGCUCUUAUUUUGAAGAGGUUUGCAGUUUGUGUUAGAAUCUGUGUGAAAAAGCUUACCACAUUUUUUUUAAACGAAAAUAUUUUGAAGAUCCACGAAACGAGAAGCUGUUCUAUUUGCUAAUUUUUUUAAAACAUUCUAAGAUUUUUUGAGUAUCAAACCGAAAUGAUAGUUGAUUUCCAGACCGAGAGACAUGCCGUCACUUACUUUGGACCGCAGGCUGAAAACUUGUCGAAGAUCAUUCGCAAAGGUAAAUUUUUCAAAAAAUGAUGUAAAAAAGGUGAAGCGGCGUUAUAAAAAUAAUAGAACAGAGAGUAAUUUUGAAGAAGAAGUUUCCUGUAAUAUAAGGCUUUCAAGCUUUCCUUAAAACUUUCGAAAAAUUAGUUAUUUCGGUCAUUUUAGCAGUCUCCUUGAAACUCGUCCUUUGACCGACUUCUUGUUUUUCUUUCAGAGCAAUUUUCUUGCCUUUUGAAUCAAAAUUAUUUUUUUCAAUGUACUUAUUUUUUUUACAUAAUUUAAAAUCCGUUUUUGUAUAGGAAACCGAGUGAUGGUCCUUGGCAGACUCCAUUAUUCUGGCGGCAAACUUGAAGAAAGCGUAAGUUUUUUUAAUCUCUACAUUUUUUUAAAAAAAUUUGGUUUUUCCAGGGAAACCGCACCCCACGCAACACCUUCAUCCGCGCCGACACCAUCCAACAGUUGGCAAAGCGUAAUUUUGAAAGAAAAACCCUGAAAUAAAUUUUUCUUUGAAUUUCAGCACAAAACCAGGACGAGCAAUAG